AGUCCUUCACCGUCACUCUGAGCUGCAUGCAGUGUGUGCUGGCGGGUGAAUGGGCUGAGGACGGCUAUUUUUAAAUCCUGUAAGCUGCUGCUUUGUAAUCUGGAUGAGUGCGUGCUGGAGCAUGGGGGGCCGGAGUGGGGGAAGAGAUCAGGCAGACCCUCUUUUUCCCCAUCCCUUUGGUUAUCCAAGUUCACCUGGGCCAUCCCAAAGCACUGCCGUGGAGCAGCACGCUGGAGUCAGACAGCAGCCAGAGCAGAGGGCUCAGGUGAGAAUCGCUGGAGUGUUUCAGGCCGUUUCAGUGCCCCAAAAGCACGAGCCCUUCAGAAUUUCCUUUUCUGAUGCACACAUGCUGUAGCUAUGGGGAGCGAUGCCACAUGUUUGCUUUGGCUUGGGAGCCUUUGCUGCAUGGAUUGUCUGGAGCUUGUCCUGCUCCUCACAGCAAGCACCCCGGUCUGUUGCUCGUGCUAAGGGACCUGGAGAGUUAUGGCAGUGCCUUCCCAGUUGGUCACCGUUACACAUUUAGUAAAGGAAAUUUAAGCCGAAUCCAAUUGGCUGCUUCUCAGCUCGUCCUUUUCCAGAAACUUACGCUGAACUUCCAGCACUGCUGUUACAUCUCAGCCACCUGUUCUGCCCUUCUGGCUGAUGGGCUGGCACCCAUCACGGGAAAGCUGGCACGGGUGGGAUGAGCUCAGAUCAACAACACUGCACACUCCUCUCCCCUGAGAUAAUGGUUGUACGGUUCUUCACCAUGCCCACAUCUCUGGCAGGGAAGAGAAUAUCUGUCUCUUGUGGCUGGAUUCCAGCUGGGCUUCUAAGGCUUGAGCCUUUGCCUCUUUGAUCAUCAAGUACUUGGCUGAACUGCCCUCCUGGUACUGGGGGUGCCAGCGUCCUGCUUUGCCCUCUGCUGAGUUGCUGCGUCCAUGUGCUGUGCUGACAAUCCCAUUUUCAGUCAUUUUUAAAACUGCAGAGCCCUCCUGAAAUAACCUCUGGUGCGUUUUCCAAGUUUGUACAAGGUGUACAUUUACAGGCACGAAGACAAAUGAAAUCCCUGCUAUAAACACAUACCUUUCACUUAACUCUGGCACUCUGCACCAACUCAAUAUCUCUGUUUUUCUGCUUGCCUGGGAGCCGACGUCAGCAGCAGAUUGUGGCACUGCCUCCUUUUACCUACAGCAAGGACUAAAGAAGGAGAAGAAAGUGGCAGCAAACACCCGAGGCUAUUUGUCUGUAAGAGAAGAAAGUUGCUCAGGGUCUCUCCUGUACCCGUCUAUUCCAGCUCUGCUGCUGCCCUUCUUGAGCUGGGGGACAGGAGGCACUCCGUGUUGCGUUUAUGCUUUCAUCCUUUUGUGGCUCAUUCUGUGAUCUCUGCUAAAAAUAACUGGAAGCAGCGACAGCGGAGAUUCCUCAGCGCCCACACGAAGUGCCAUCCCUCCCUCUGUCCCCGUCAGCGGGAUGCUGCCAGAAACAAAACCUUUAUCUGCUUGGGCAAGAACCAAAGAAACCUCAACAAAAAGGAAAUCCAAGGGUUCCUCAAAAGAGUUGGGAAUUUGGCAGCCAGCAGCAAAGGGCUCUAGCACCUCCAUCUUCUUCCUCCCAUCCCACCUGCUGCUGCUGUGCACUGUGGCUUUUGGGUAUGAAGCACAGCGGAACAAUUGCUGCAGAUGAAGGGAGAGGAGGGCUGGGCUCGGCUGCCUGUGGUCUGGGAACAGCUGGGCAGCCCUCAGCCUCCUUCCAAGGACAGCUCAGGCAUUUCACAACUCCUGGCUUCUAUUCCUGCGUGGAUUCCCACCUUUCAAGAACAGCCGUGGUGCGCAAGUCCUUGCAAGCACUGUACCUCACUGUGUUUAUCUGAGUAUCUUGGAAACCUCUGCAAGAUCCUACAGGUUGUGCAGAGCAUUAUCCAGAGUGACUGCCUCCCCUCACGUGGUCAGUCAUCCCAGCAGCAUUCCAGCUGUGCAGCAGCGGGAUUUCCAAGCAAACCCUCACCUGAAGACGAACACAAUCCUAUAUUGUUAAUGCCUCAAUCCUUGCUUAUCCAGCUGUUCCCACUUGCAGUCUGCCAGGCACUCCUGGCAGCAUCCCUAGAACCAGAUUGCUGAUCCAACUGCAUUGAGCAGGAGAACUUUGGACAAGAUGGGUGCAAGUGUGUCUGCUUUUUGCUUUUCUCCCCAUUGUUGGUGGUGUUCAAACAAUUGGCGUUGGCUUUCAGCCAUCAGCAGUGCCCUUGACGCAGUUUCAGUGCAACUUCCCUAGCGCAGCAAAAGGUCUCUUGCUUUGCUCCCAGAGCUGCUCUGUGCCAGGGGCUAAUUGCCAGCGCCGUGCGCUGCUCUCCAGGGACCAAACCUCAUUCUCUCUUAUGUUCUCUGGAUUUAAUUGUCAGGUAGGCUGAAGAUCAGUCCUUGUUCAGCUGCAAAUGGCAACAGAGCGCUCGAAUUGAGUGGAAAAACAGAACCUGUCGUCAUUGGGGUUUUACAGCCAGCUUUGCUGAGGGGUGAGCACGUUCUCCCCAAAGGUGCCAAGUGUGAGGAAUUGUACAUGGAAGUACAACACCCAAUUAGUGAAAUCACUUCAUAAUGAAGAGCAGAGGAGUGGAUUUGCAGCACUGAUUGUGCCCCCUCUCUGGAGGUAACGCUGGGAGCACUGAGCAGUUUGUUCUUGGGUGAUAAUCACAGCGUGCAGUGAAACCUGGGGAGGUGAAUGAGUAACCUCUUCCAGCUCUGCUUUACACCAUAAAAGAGACCUUUGAGACAGGAGCAGGGAGCUGCUGUCAUGCCGAGCACGAGGUGCUCCAUCGCAGCACAGUGCAUUGGUGCUUGGUCACAGCUGUGCUCUCCAGCAACCCACGUUGCUCAGGCUGUGCGUUCAGCACUGCAGGUACCUCCAGCUGCAGGCUGAGCACCAACAGGAGGGCGGCAGAGUGAUCCUCACACAGAACGCGGCUCCGAUCGCAGCCUCUUCAAGUGAAGGGUUUUAAAACAAACAAAAGGAGUGCUCUUCUUUGAAGCAGCAACCUGCUGUGUUUGCACAGCUGCUGCAGUUUUCUGCAAGAGUUAGAAAGCUGCUGAGUGUGGGAAGAGACAGGUAUCUCAGCAAAGGCAUUCUCUGUCCAGUGCCCCUCCUUGGUGCUUCCAGCUGCAUAGCAAAGCAUGCUCUUGCUGAUUGGGUCCCUGAGCCCUGGGUGCAGAACAGCACAGCACUGCCUGGAAACCCUCCUGGCCCGGCUGCAGUUAUUGCAUCUCUUAUUGCAUCUUUGCAUGUGUAGUCUUUCAGCCUAGCAGUGGCAAAGCCCUGGGGUGAGCUGGCUGCUCUGUGUUGCCAGCUGAAGUCAUCGAGUGGUUUUGCUUUCAAUGCAGUGCCCAACAGCUCUUUGUCCUCAGCGGGGCAGGCGAUGGUUAACAGCAAGUGUCUGAGCUCCUUAAAACCACAGCAACAAAAUGCCUGCUUGAAAAGCAGAGCCUCUCUGAUGAGUUGCAGGCUCUAGUGAAUAAUUGAAGAGGGGUCAUUUUGCAGGAGUGCAUGUGAGGAAGGCAGGGCUGGGAAUGGCCCUCCGCACAUUGAUGUCUGACCGAUCAGAACUCUGCUCUGCUUUUUCCUCUUCCAUUUCCAUCCACCUCAUUGAUUAAUAGAAAUUGCUGCAAGGUCCGUCUCCCAGAAGCCUCUUUUACUGGAAAAAAAAAAAAAAAAAAAAAAAAAAAGCUACACAAAACCUCUUUUGCCAUGUGGAGGAAACCCGUGUCAUCCAUCUGCCCACCAAAGUUCAAAGGAAUGAACUUUAGCCAUGUGGGAAAAGUCCUUCUCACUUUCAGGUACCAGCAAUGAGAGCGCUUGUCCCCUGUUUGUACUUGAAAGCAGCACAGCUUCUAACGUAGGUCUGGGAACACUGAACUGGCUGAGCAGAAUCUUUUUGUGCUCUGUAAGCGCUCUGAGAUGGGGUGCUAUGGAUUUCCUUGCUGUCAGGUGUUUCACUGCACGGCUGGGCUGGGCUGGCUGCAGAGUGCUGGCUGUGCGCACGCAGGGAGGCGAUGUCGGUGCGCUGAGCCGCGUUGGCUCUGUGUUGGGUGUGUGGGGCUGCUGCAUGCGGGCAGAGUGAUGCUUGGCGCUCUGCAAGCACAGUGGGGAAAAGAAGCUGCUUAAGAAACGGUCUGAAAAUGUGCUGUGUUCUUGCACAUCUUGCAAGGAGAAAGCUCCUCACAGCCUGUGUGGUGGGAGGAGUGUGGAAUUCCCGCAUCAGUGUGAUAGAAUAGUUUCCACAUCCCACGACAGCUCCAGGGGCAGCAAACAGUUCUCGUGGUGAAAGCAGUGCUGUGUUCUCAGAUUCGGCCAGAAAGAGCCUGCGUGCUCUGUGUGAGGGCAGUGUGGCUGCGCAGCACGCUCAGCUCGUGCCUCAGUGCUGGUUCCUAAGGGAAACGUUCUGCAUUUAGAAAAACGUGGCAAGGGGCCAAUGUUUUGGUGCUCCUGCUCCAAUGAGUCAGGUACCAGCUGAGCGAAUGCAUGGGGACGUUACAGAGCAUGGCUUGCCUUGCCAUGGCCGAUUUCUACCUCUUCCUUUCUUCGGCCUCAGGCUUUAUCCCUUUAUCAGUUCCUACCCCCCCAUUUCGGGGUGCUGUCUGUUCCACGGGUGGUUACAAAAUGAGCCCUUCCUGCUUGAUCAGGACUUUGCAGAAGCUCCGAGUGCCACCUGCUGGAGUUGCCCAGCUGGCCCCGGCGAGCUCGCUGCCUUCCGCAUCCUGCAGUGGGACGUGGCAGUAGGAGAGGACAAUGGCACAGGUCAGCCCAUGCUGUACCCCUGGGACCUGCUGCCCUGUGCCCUGCCAGAGGUCCCACACUGUCUCUGCUGCUCCUCUCGUUGCCCAGGAGCACCAACAUCUAUUUGUGUCCUCCAGGAUUUUGCAGUGUUUCCUUCCUGUUACAUCCCCCUCCACCUCCACAGAAGGAGGUGUGGAUCAUUUUCUGGUGUACAAAAGAGGUGAACUUUUGCUGUGCUAAAAGAAAGCGCCCAAUAAAAAAAAAAACACACAAAAAAAAAAACCAAAAAAAACCAAAACAUGGGUGGAACUGGUCCUUCUGAAUACCAAACAGGGUAAAAGUGGACUGUUGUGUUUUGAAUUUUCAUUUCUUAGGGACUUGCUUGUAACCCUUUCGGGGGAAACUCAGGAUGGCAGUGAAGUUGUUCCCAAGGGUGACCAAAUUAACGUGAUGUUGGAGGGCAUGCAGAGCAGUGCAGCACUUCCAGGAUGCUCGGGUGCCUGGUGUGUGUGGUUCUGUGGCAGGAGCUAAUGUGUUAAGGUGACAAAUACAAUCCCAGACACCAGGGCUCCCGAUGUGACACUGGGGGACGUGGUCAGUAGGCAUGGCGGUGAUGGGUUGAUGGACUAGGUGAUAUUGGGGGUCUUUUCCAGCCUCAGUGAUUCUGUGAUUCUAAGAGAAUAGGUCUUAGGCAGAAGAGUUUUAAAGCUGCUUGUGGUUUCAAAUUAUUGUUGCUGCUUAGGGCAAUGGGAGGUGCGGGGUUGACAUGAUGGCUGUGCUGCACAGGGCACUGUGUGGGUACAUGGCAACAUUCCACUGCUCCCAGCAGGCUUGGAGCAGCUGCAGGAAUGCUGGGAAGUGUUGGGGGGCAGUUUCCUCUGCAGGAAAGCAGCAUCACCCUCCUCACCUUCUCAGGAGCUGGUAGACAUUAAGACAGUGAGCUACAAUCCUCAGCAAUGUGACCAACAGUUUGCUUCCUUUUGCAUCAAAAUGGCUUCUGCCUCAAGGGCUGAGUGUGAUUGUGGCCACACUCCUUCUGUUGGUGCCUCCUCAGCCCCUGGCAGCCUGUGCCCAGUGCUGACUGUGUGCAGGGGACAGCCCUUGCAGCAGGGAUGGGUGCCUGGUGGGCUUCCUAGGGCAGGGAAUGUACCUGACUGCUCCCAGGGAGCUCCUGGGGGCACCCACCAGAACAGCAGAGGCACACGGACGCGGUUCUGCUCAGUUCUCUGCUUGCACACAAGAGCAGCCAUCAGCCUUGCCCAAAUAAGGUUUGUGCAUGAGGGAAGGCAGUGGCUGGUGAGGUUUCUUUGCUUCGUAAGUUCCCCUUUUUAAGAACCACCACUUUAAAAAGAAAAACAGUUCCAGACAGAGCUGCCACUGCCUCUUUAGUCUUCACAGCAGCAAAAAGUGCAUUUCUUUCCUGUGCACCUCCAACUUCCCGUUUGUUCCAAGCUCUGCAGUGGGAGCACCACGUACCUGAUAUGGAAUAAGGCUUACAAGCAGCUGAGAUCUCCCCAGGUGUCAAACUCAGAUCUUCUGGAAGUGUGAUAGUGGAAGGCUGGUUCAGCCUGGCUUUCUCCUCCCCAUCGAUGUUCAUGUGCUGUACUGCAUGUUCCUGUGAAUACCAUGGCAGUGAUACUGGUGAAGCAGCUGGGUAACUUCAGAAGCCAUAUAGGGCAUCUACUUUGCAUAGAUGAAAUGCAGAUGGCCUCUUGAAGGGAGCUAGGAAUAAGCACGUGGCUCGCUUUUUUCCUUACAAGCAGACACCAGGACAGGAUUGGCUCAGAGCCGUAGGACUGAAGCCCUCCUGCAGCCCCUCCAGGGCCCGUGGCUGCGCUGCCCUAUGUGAGCAUUCCCAGUUCCCAUCUCCUCACCUCCUUUCUGUGUCAGGACAUCUCCAUGUCAGAGAGCAGUGUCAUGGUGCAGGAGCUGACCCCAAGCCAGCAGGCAGCAUUGCACAAUGCUCACCAGAUGUCAGUGUGCUGGGCUCACGUGGGGCCUUGCAGCGGUUUCUAAAAGCCCUGAUGCAGCAGGAUGCAGGUGGCCGAGCUGAGACUCCAGCGUGGGGCAGGGGCAAACCAGUGGAAGGUGUAGAAAACAGCUCCUUCUGACCCCUUUCCUGGAGAGCUGCAAUCCAUCUCUGGGAACUGAUGCUGGAAACAGCAUUUGUGACUCAGAAGAAAGGCAGUGUAACUUUAGGGAAGAGCUGAAGGGGCUCAGCUGCUGUAUGCUGCCUCACAUUGCUCUGUCUGUGACGUGAGACCACAAUACGUGUCCUCUUGGAAAGCCUGCUGAGGUUUGCUGGUGGAAAGAGCCAUGUCGGAGCACCCAGAAGUCAUCUGGUGUUCGCGUUGAGUUGAAGGUGCUGUGCAGCCAUCGCCACACAGAGCAAUUUCCCCACAUGAAACCGCAGUUUCCUUUCAGCGAAAACUCCCAAAAUACAUCCCAGUGACGUAACUACUACUUGGGGUUCUCGUGGCAGUCUGGACGCUGCAGAAAGCGUUGGGUUCAGAAGCCAGCUUGCAAACUAUGGGAGAAUAGCAGCCUAAAGCAUUGGAGAUGUUGAGGCUCCUCUUCCGCAGCAAGCCAAGGAUCCAGGAGGCAAAGUCAGACAUCAGUUGGGUAGAGAAAGAUCUGGUGGACUCCGCAGACAAGGGCGAGGGUGUUGUGAAGGAAAUCAACAUCACGCACCAUGUGAAGGAGGGCUCUGAGAAGGCUGACCCUUCUCAGUUUGAGCUUCUGAAGGUUCUGGGACAGGGCUCUUUUGGCAAGGUUUUCUUGGUGAGAAAAAUAACACCACCAGACAGCAACCACCUCUAUGCCAUGAAAGUGCUCAAAAAGGCAACACUGAAAGUGCGUGACCGUGUAAGGACAAAGAUAGAAAGGGACAUCCUAGCCGAUGUAAACCAUCCCUUCGUGGUGAAGCUGCACUACGCAUUCCAGACAGAGGGGAAGCUGUAUCUCAUCUUGGAUUUCCUCCGAGGAGGUGACCUUUUCACUCGGCUUUCCAAAGAGGUCAUGUUCACAGAGGAGGACGUGAAGUUCUACCUAGCAGAGCUUGCUCUGGGACUUGACCAUUUGCACAGCCUGGGAAUCAUAUACAGAGACCUCAAACCAGAGAACAUCCUCCUGGAUGAAGAAGGACACAUCAAACUCACAGAUUUUGGCUUGAGUAAGGAAGCAAUAGACCAUGAAAAGAAAGCCUACUCCUUCUGCGGGACAGUGGAAUAUAUGGCCCCAGAGGUUGUGAACCGCCAGGGCCACUCCCACAGCGCAGACUGGUGGUCCUAUGGGGUGCUGAUGUUUGAGAUGCUCACUGGCUCGCUGCCGUUCCAGGGGAAGGACCGCAAGGAAACGAUGACCCUCAUCCUUAAAGCAAAACUGGGCAUGCCUCAGUUCCUGAGCGCUGAGGCACAGAGCCUCCUGCGAGCCCUCUUCAAAAGGAACCCAGCCAACAGAUUAGGUUCUGGUCCAGAUGGGGCAGAAGAGAUAAAGCGUCAUCCGUUCUACUCUACUAUUGACUGGAAUAAGCUGUACCGAAGGGAAAUCAAGCCGCCCUUCAAGCCUGCUGUAGGCCAGCCUGAUGACACCUUUUAUUUUGAUACAGAAUUUACAUCACGUACACCAAAAGAUUCCCCAGGCAUCCCUCCCAGUGCAGGUGCACAUCAGCUCUUCCGCGGCUUCAGCUUUGUGGCCACUGGACUGAUGGAAGACAGCAAGGUGAAACCUGCACAGCCCCCUCUGCAUUCCGUGGUGCAGCAGCUGCAUGGAAAGAACAUCCAGUUCAGCGAUGGCUACGUGGUGAAGGAGGCGAUUGGUGUGGGCUCCUACUCAGUGUGCAAACGGUGCAUUCACAAAACAACCAACAUGGAGUAUGCAGUCAAGGUUAUUGACAAGAGCAAACGGGACCCUUCUGAGGAAAUUGAAAUUCUCCUGCGAUAUGGGCAACAUCCAAACAUCAUUACGUUGAAAGAUGUUUAUGAUGAUGGGAAGUACGUGUAUCUGGUGACAGAACUGAUGAGAGGAGGGGAGCUGCUAGAUAAAAUUCUGAGACAGAAGUUUUUCUCAGAGAGGGAGGCCAGUUCAGUCCUACACACGAUCUGCAAAACGGUGGAAUAUCUACAUUCUCAAGGGGUAGUUCACAGGGACUUGAAACCCAGCAAUAUUCUCUAUGUGGAUGAGUCAGGAAACCCAGAAAGCAUUCGUAUAUGUGACUUUGGCUUUGCCAAGCAGCUGAGAGCUGAGAAUGGUCUUCUCAUGACUCCUUGCUAUACUGCAAACUUUGUGGCACCUGAGGUACUGAAGCGACAGGGCUAUGAUGAGGGCUGUGACAUCUGGAGCCUGGGAGUCCUCCUUUACACUAUGCUUGCAGGCUGUACUCCAUUUGCAAACGGACCCAGUGACACUCCAGAAGAGAUCCUGACUCGAAUAGGCGGGGGAAAGUUUUCUGUCAGUGGAGGCAACUGGGACACUGUUUCUGACAUGGCCAAGGAUCUGGUAUCAAAGAUGCUUCAUGUAGAUCCUCACCAGCGCCUGACAGCCAAGCAGGUCCUGCAGCACCCAUGGAUAACACAGAAGGACAGCUUACCCCAGAGCCAGCUGAAUCACCAGGAUGUCCAGCUGGUAAAGGGGGCAAUGGCUGCCACAUACUCUGCACUGAACAGCUCCAAGCCGAGCCCUCAGCUGAAGCCCAUCGAGUCUUCCAUCCUGGCACAGCGGCGGGUGAAGAAGCUCCCCUCCACCACCCUGUGAGGAUGGGGCAGUGUGGGGUGGUUACACCAGACUUUGCACAACUACUGAGGUGUGGCAGGACAUAGGGCAGUUGGUGCCUGCCCCUUGAGGACUUGUUCUCAAAUCCACGUCAAGGCCAAGUGCCUUCUGCCUGCAGUAGACUGGCUCCUCCUUGUGUGGACUGAUCUUUGCUGAGAGAACUUCACUGUAAAACUUUUUUGAAGUGUAAAUUGUUGAUUUUUAAAGACAUCCAUCUGUGUAUAUGAGAACUAGAAUGUAUAACUGAUGUCAAGUGGCACUAAAAAGCAGCUCUGAUUCACCCUUUCCCAUGUAGGGCCAUAUAUUUGUUGUAGCUAUAUAAUUUCAAAAAGGUAGAGAUCAUCUAGAGAGAGUCCAGCAGAGGGCCACAAAGAUGAUUAAGGGCCUGGAGCCCAGAACUGGUUGUGGUAUUCCAGACGUGGCCUCUCCAGGACAGAGCAGAGGGGCAGGAUCACCUCCCUCGUCCUGCUAGCCACGCUUUUUUUAAUUCAUCCCAGGUUACCACUGGCCUUGUUUGGCCACCAGGGCACACAGAUCUACAGAGCUGUGUCAUUUGUCCCGUGACAGGCAAACCAGCAGUACUGUAGCAGGGCUGCAUAUUGGGCCACCUCCUCUCAGGUGUAUUUACACCACUUUGCAGUGGGAAAUAAUGAGACCUAGUUAGGACAAGGCAGGAAUCAACAGGAAAGGUGGCAGGAUGUGGGCUGCGGAGGGGAACUCCUUCUCUCAGGGCAUUUUAGUGUUAAUAGAAACCAACGCUUUGAGUUGAACUGUGCUAGAAGUAAAUCCCAGACCCACUCUCACCUGCAGGCCAGCGCUGGAGCUGCCCCAGUGCUGGCAGAUCAGAAUCGCAAAGGCUAUGGGUGCACAAGGGUGUGACUGAAGUCAGCAAGCAUCCUUGUGCGAAUUUCUGCUACGGGCAAGUUUUGAUUAUUAGUUCCCAAUCAACCAAGUGCUGUUACUUUUUAAAUUCCAGUGCUCAAUAAAAAAGGACGUGUUGAUUUCUGUGUAUGAGAGCUGUGGGUAUCUGCGUGACCAGGCGGCUCCUUGCUCCCUUUGUGGUUUUCUCUGACAGCAUUAAACCUUUCCCAAAAUAUAGAGGGAUUAAUUGCUAUCAUCUGAAUGGAGGUCACAUUACUCAGAGUGAAAAUGGGGCUCCUUCAACCUGCUGUCCUAUAGGUCCAUAGGAAAGCUUUGGCAAGCUGAAAUCUGGGAUCCAGCUUCUAAUCACGGAGUCUACCUGGAAUUAUUCAGCUGUGCCUAGGUACUGUGUUAACCUGCAGCCAAGUGGCCUGGAGAUAGCAAUGAGCAUCUCUCUCUGUGUAAAUGCAAUUUCUGUGUAGGAAAGGCUGAGCUUUCCCAUUUAGGAGCAUAAAUCAGCAAUGUUUUCUGUUGUUGAAGGGCUGACCCAGCUGAGAGACUGUUUUCCUUCUUCCCACUGUGUGAAGCAGCCAUGCCUUCCUGUUAAUGAUGUGGUUCUGACCUGUCAAAUUAAAUGGAGCAUAAAUAAAUGCAUUUUGGCCUGGUAA